AUGAGUGCUGCGGAAAUCAAAAUGGUGAGAUCCACGGCUGAAAUUAACAGAGAAAAUUUGGAAGCUGUUCUCAGAGGCAGAUUUUUUUACGCACCAGCAUUUGAUUUAUAUGGUGGUGUGUCUGGCUUGUACGACUAUGGUCCACCUGGUUGUGCAUUCCAAGCAAAUGUUAUCGAUGUAUGGAGAAAGCACUUUAUUUUGGAGGAAGACAUGUUGGAGGUGGAUUGCACAAUGCUAACUCCAUUUGAAGUUUUGAAGACCUCAGGACAUGUUGACAAAUUCUCCGACUGGAUGUGCAGAGAUUUUAAUACUGGUGAAAUUUUCAGAGCAGAUCAUCUGGUCGAAGAAGUAUUGGAAGCGCGUUUAAAAGGUGAUAAAGAAGCUAGAGGUCUGCUUGAAGAUGCCAAUGCAUCCGCCCAAGAGGACAAUAACAAGAAGAAGAGAAAGAAUAAAGUUAAGCAGAUCAAGGCAGUCAAACUUGAAGAUGAUGUUGUGAAGGAAUACGAAGAAAUUUUGGCAAAGAUUGAUGGCUAUUCUGGUGAAGAACUUGGUCAGUUGAUGGAAAAAUACAAUGUCGGUAACCCUGUCACCGGCGAAUCUUUGGAGGCACCAAGAGCUUUCAACUUGAUGUUCGAGACAGCUAUUGGCCCAUCUGGUCAAUUGAGGGGGUUUUUGAGACCAGAAACUGCUCAAGGUCAGUUCUUAAAUUUCAAUAAGCUGUUGGAAUUCAACAACAGCAAAACACCUUUCGCCUCAGCUUCUAUUGGUAAAUCUUUCAGAAAUGAAAUUUCUCCAAGAGCAGGUUUACUAAGAGUUCGUGAGUUUUUAAUGGCUGAAAUUGAACACUUCUUAGACCCAGAAGAUAAAUCUCAUCCACGAUUUGCAGAGGUUAAAGACACAAAAUUAUCAUUUUUGCCUCGUGAAGUCCAACAAGCAGGCUCUACAGAACCAAUUGUUAUGUCUAUUGGUGAAGCUGUGAAAACAAAGUUGGUGGACAAUGAGACCCUCGGUUAUUUCAUUGCAAGAAUUGCUAAGUUUUUGUUAACAAUCGGUGUUGACGAAACAAAAAUGAGAUUCCGUCAACAUAUGGCUAAUGAAAUGGCACAUUAUGCGGCAGAUUGUUGGGAUGGUGAAUUGAAAACAUCAUAUGGAUGGAUUGAAUGUGUCGGUUGUGCCGAUAGAUCAGCUUACGAUUUGACAGUUCACUCUAACAAAACGAAACAAAAAUUGGUUGUUAGACAGAAAUUAGAUACUCCAGUCGAGGUUAAAAAGUGGGAAAUUGAUCUUACAAAGAAGUUAUUCGGCCCAAAAUUUAGAAAAGAUGCUCCUAAAGUUGAGGCUUAUUUAUUGAAUUUGUCACAAGCUGAAUUGAAGGCCAAAAGUGAAGAACUGAAAGCUAAUGAGAAAAUUAUUUUCCAAGUUGAUGGUAUUGAAGGCAACCUCGAACUAGAUGGAAACUUCAUUACCAUUGAAGAGAGAACAAAGACCGAACAUGUUAGGGAAUUUGUUCCAAAUGUCAUUGAACCAUCAUUUGGGAUUGGACGUAUCAUUUACUCGGUUUUUGAACAUUCUUUCUGGAACAGACCUGAGGAUACUGCAAGAUCAGUUCUCUCUUUUCCACCAUUGGUUGCUCCAAGUAAAGUGUUGUUGGUCCCCCUAUCUAACCAUAAAGAUUUGGCUCCAAUCACAGCUCAAAUCUCUAAACUUCUAAGGGCCGAAAAGAUUCCAUUCAAAGUUGAUGAUUCUGGUGUCUCUAUUGGUAAGAGAUAUGCACGUAAUGAUGAAUUGGGUACACCUUUCGGAAUAACCAUCGAUUUCGCCUCAAUAAAAGACGGCUCUGUAACUUUGAGAGAGAGAGAUUCCACAAAACAAGUAAGAGGUUCAGCUACCGAUAUAAUCGGCGCUAUUCGUGAAAUCACUUACAAUGGUGUCUCCUGGGACGAGGGUACGAAAGAUUUGGCCCCAUUCGUUUCGCAAUCUGAAACAGUGUAA